GUUAUUUACAAAUAUCGCAGUAUAUAAACUCAAUGCAAUGCACUACAAUCUAUUGAGAAACCUAGUUUUGUAACUUUUCAAUAAUGUUGGCGCUCAUCGUUUUGCUCGGUUUGGUCACCGGAGGUUUGUCCUCAAUCCUCUGUCCAACCAAGGUCGACCCGCAAGUAACGGUUCAUCUUCCGCAUCCAAACAGCUGUUCUAAAUUUCUCACGUGUGUUGGAAGUAACCCGGUUGAACAGGACUGCCCCGCUGGAUUGCACUGGAACAACGAACAGUCGUUCUGCGACUACCCUCGUGCGUCCGGAUGUUCCCGUGGCGAAAACUCGGACCAGCUGCAUCAGAGGCCAUUCAACUCAACGGCCGUUGCCAACAGUAUCUGCCUGCCGCAGACCAGCCGUUGUCCACUGAACUCCAAUCCUUCGGAGGAUGUCGUUUUCCUGAAGCAUCGGGACUGUCGCAAAUUCUAUGCGUGUGUUUCGACCCAGCAGGUUGAACUGUCCUGUCCCCCGAAAUUGUACUGGAACUCUCGUGCCUGCGUGUGCGACUACGAAGUGGAGGCUGAGUGCGACGGAACGGACAGGGUGAUUGAUGAUGUGCCGGAAGAGGUCGAUGAGGAGCAUUUCGAUCCGGAGGAUGCGGAAGAACACGAACAAGCUGAACAGGAUCAAGAGCCUGCUGCUGAAGAUCAACCAGAACAAAGUGCCGACGAAGAGCCGGAGGUUAGAGUUCGUCGAGCAGCCGACGGAAGCAGCUCCAAUGGAAACUCCGGCUCUAACAGUGGUUCCGGUAGUGGAUCGAGUGGAAGUGGUUCGAGUGGAAGUGGUUCGAAUGGAAGCAGUUCCAGUUCAAAUGGACAAGGCUCCAAUGGGAACACAGCUCAGUCCGGCGCUGAUAUUCGAACCGUUUCUUCAAUAGCUGUGAUUGCUUUCACGGCAGCCAUGAGUGUUCUGUAGGGAGUCACUUGUUCAUCUUUAUCGGGCUGGUCAAAACUUGGUGGUGGAUUAAACAUGAUUUAAAAUAAAAGCAAAUUAUCAAAUGGAA